UUGUUUGUGUCGUGCGCCAAAGCUGGGCUAUCAGGAGCAGAGGUCGGCACGGCAGCAGGCUCACUCCGCUUUGAGGAGCAACGGGAAACCUCUUCAAACUUUUAGAUGGUCGAGAGUGUUCAGUUUAGAUUACCGGCUUUCUCGGGUCAUGGUGGGAUUUUUCGCGGGAUGAGAGCCACCGGGGGCCGUGCGCACCGGGGACAGCCAGGGCGCCGGUAGUGGGCACCCAUCGGCGGACAGGGUCGCGGUCGGAUCGGUCCCCCCCUGACGAAACGAGUGACCCGACAGAUGAGUGAGUCGGGAGGACAUUUUGCCUGGGAGCCACGAUGAUCGCGACGUUUUUCCCCCUGAAGAAACUCCGGCGUAAUGGCAAAUGUCUUCUGUUCGGGGCGAUUCUGCUGGUCGGUGCCGUGGCUGUGUACCACGAGAUGGUUGCAGCAAAAGCGUGGACUGGUGAUACCGGCAUGAUGCCCGCAGCCGAUGACAGUAACUGGAGAAGAGCCAUGUUUGAUGGAAAGGCCAAAAGAGACCAACAACAUGACUCUGUGGAGGACUUGACCGUCUGGAGAUCCAGUUAUACUCCACAAACUUGGAAAACAGAGUAUAAAGGACAGGCCAAUCUGCAUGUCUUUGAGGACUGGUGUGGCAGUUCUACAGCUGACCUCCGUAAGAACAUGCACUACCCACUGUACCCUCAUUCCAGAAUCACAGUACAGAAACUGGCUGUCUCCCCUCAGUGGACCAACUACGGGCUCAGGAUAUUUGGUUAUCUACACCCCUUCGCUGAUGGAGACUUAGUGUUUGCUUUGAGUUCUGACGACAACUCUGAAUUUUGGCUAAGCACAGAUGAGUCUCCCCACAACUUGCAGUUACUGGCCUGGGUUGGAAAGACUGGCAGAGAAUGGACAGCCCCUGGUGAAUUUGAGAAGUAUGCCAGUCAGACCUCAAAACCAGUUAGGUUGUCUUCACAAAGGAGAUAUUUCUUUGAAGUUAUCCACAAGCAAAACGACAAGGGAACUGACCACGUAGAGGUGGCAUGGCAGCUCCUGGACCAAGGAUUUAGGUUCAUGGUUAUUGAAUCCAAGCACAUAUCCCUAUACAUUAAUGAGUCUGGCUUGUUAAUGAAUGAUGUUGCCCACAUACCACAGACGGUCGCCAGCCACCAACAACCCCCCGUAAGACAGAACACUGCUACGGCAGACAUGCUGAGGGAGGAUCCCAGAGACACUCUUUACCAUGUGCCUUUCAUAAACAACAAGCUCCUGCAAGGUGUUCUCCCUGACUGCUCCUACAAACCCAGCUAUAUAAUCAAAGACUUUCCUCUACUACGCUACCAAGGACUGCAGUUUGUUCACAUGUCCUACAUUUACCCAAAUGACUACACCCGACUCACCCACAUGGAGACAGAGAACAGCUGCUACUACUUUGACAGUCCACAUUACAUGAAAUUGUUUGGUUUCUCUAGAUACAUGAGACUGGACCGUUCUGACACUCAUGAAAAAGCCAGAGAUUUUCAUUUCCAGAGGAGGAAACGAGUCAUUGAUGAAGAAGAUGAUUUUUACACCAAUGCAUACCAAAGAGAAAAGGAAGUCAAGCCAGACCAGCAAAUAAAUAACGCACUUUUUCCAGACUAUGGGGAUGAUUUUGAUGAUUAUGCUCAGAGACGCAGGCGAAAAAUCUUCUCUUUAGCCAUAGAAGAAAGUAAUAACACACUGAAAAACAUUUCUGAAACAAGUCUGCACAUAGAUAAUGUGCAGAAGAGGCAGGUUAUGGACAAAGUUCCUCUGCAGCUGGUGUCAGUGCCAACCUCAGAAAAACUGGAACAGAACCAGACAGAGUCCAGAGGUCCAGCUAAAAAUAUAAAACAGAUAAGACCAAAAGAAAGGGUUAAACAAGCAAAAAUACAAAAGCUGAAAUCACUAGAGAAAGCUAUGAGGGAUGGGCAGAAUAGGACACUCAUAAAAGUGAAGAGAAAACCUUAUGGCAUAAAGGAAAGACCAGCUGUGCCAUCAGAGCAGCUCAGUUCUAAACAGCUUCAGAUGCAGAGGUCUCGUAAAAUGAACCUCACCCAAAUCCAGAGACUUCAAGACUCAAAGCUUCAACCUUCAGAGAGGGAAGAUCGUAAGCCUGAGAAAUCCACCGUGGGCAAGCAGCAGAGGCUGGUAGGCAGAGAGGUGGAGCUAGCAGCCACUAAGAGUUUUACCACUUCCAGGAGAGACGCCAACAUCCCUUUGGGAAGACUGAAUCAGAAAGAAAUCAAUCGAAGAAAAAGCCUCAGGGACAAGGAGAUUGAGAGAAAUAUGCCUCUACAACUGGAAGGGGAAAAUAGAAUUGGCGGAGAUAAAAUUAUUGUUAAAGGUAACAAUGCCAAAAAGUGGCAACAAGAGUUUAAGGACCAAAAUGAGGAGGAAACUGAUGUUCACAGCGAAGAUGGAAGGAGGGGAGAUGAUGAAAGAGACCCUUUUUGGGGAGAAGACAGAGACCUUGAAGGCGAUGAGGAGGACACAACACCUGCCCCAGUGUUUGACACUGAGGUUAACUGGAGCCAGACCUUCCAGGUCAACCACAUGGACCUUCAGCUCCAAAGAUCAGACUGGAUUGACCUGCGAUGCAACAUCUCUGGAAACCUGCUGCUCCACCCCAGUGAUGCUCAACCCAUGGUCAAGGCUUUCAUGGACAAACUCAACCAAAAGCACCGUGGGCGUUUUACACUGGUGCGUGUGGUUAAUGUGGUGAAGCGUGUGGAUGGGAUCCAGGGCAGCCGCUACCUUCUGGAGCUGCAGCUGAAGGAUGUGGAUGGCAAACUGCUGCGCCUGUCACACUACAUCUACGCUCUGAUUCGACACAGCAGACAACGCAGCAAGGGCUUUGGUUUCCAAAGGCAACAACCUCAACUGGUGCUAUGUAACCCCGUGGGCUUUCGCUGGAAUCCUAUUGCCACCGUCCACUUUAUAGUGCCAGUGAAAAACCAGGCCAGGUGGGUUCAGCAGCUCAUUACUGAUAUGGAGCUACUGUUUAGAGAAACAGGCGACUCCAACUUUAAUCUCAUCAUUACCGAUUACAACAGUACCGACAUGGAUGUGAGGCGGGCUCUACACAAGUCCUCACUCCCAAGGUACCAGUAUGUGAAGCUGAGUGGAAACUUUGAGCGCUCUGCUGGUCUGCAAGCAGGCGUUGACCUCAUAACUGAUGACCACAGCAUAGUGUUUUUGUGUGACCUCCACAUCCACUUCCCUCUGUCCAUUGUUGAUACCAUCAGGAAACACUGUGUGGAGGGAUAUAUGGCCUUCGCUCCAAUAGUUAUGAGGCUGGACUGCGGGGCUACACCAUUAGAUGCCAAAGGUUUUUGGGAGGUCAACGGCUUCGGUUUGCUUGGGAUUUAUAAGUCAGAUCUGGAAGCAGUGGGAGGAAUGAACACUAGAGAAUUCAAAGACCGCUGGGGAGGAGAGGACUGGGAGCUCCUCGACAGGAUCUUUCAGGCAGGACUAGAAGUUGAGAGGAUCUACUUGAGGAACUUCUUCCACCACUUUCACUCCAAACGUGGCAUGUGGAACCGGCGCGUGUCAUCCGACCACAGGUGACCUUGUUGCCUCUUGCUGACAUUGCCACAUUAACAACCAUGGCAACCAGUGCACUUUAAGAUUCCGGCUGUUUAAUUAUAAUAUUAGCUAACUGACGAGAGCAUUAUAAAUGAUGCUGACAUUGGAAUGAAUAAUGUCUUCAGUCACACAAGUGCUGCAGCAUCUAAGGAGAUACUACUGAAAUGUUCAGUCACAGACUCUAACACUGGAUGUAACGUCGACUACUAAGCUGACACUGGUCAAUGAGUGCCUUUGACUGUUAGAAUAUAUGAAGAUCCUUUUGCGCACCAUGUUGGUGACUUGAGACCAUGAUGAUCUGCACUACUGGUCUCAAAAAGCUGAACUUAUCCAAAGAUGAACCUGAGCAGAAAUGGAUUUAGAGGGAAACAUAUCAGUGAAAUAACAGUGCACACUCCUGCAACAUACACAAGGUGUCCUGUUUUGUAAAGAUAAGUCUUGCACAUGAGUCUUAACUGUAAUAAAUCUGUUUUGUUUGUGACAAAUUAAGUAUGUUUUAAACCUGGGUUGUGUAUGUAAAACAUGGACUUGUGUGUCAUGUUGUGAAUAUUGGAAAAGUUUAUAUUUAUUAUUUCUAUGUAGGUUUUUUUUUUUAAUUUGUGUCUAAUGCUAUUUCCAGGUGAUGAUGAAUUUUCCAAAUGUGUACCUCAGUUGACCUCCAUCCCUCAUUUGUUCUCAUUAAGGUUGAGUUUUUCUGCUGCUGAUAUUCAGGUACUGUUGUGAGCUGGUUUUUGAAGUAAAAAAAAAAACUGCCGUAAGCUGAAAAUACAGAGAUUCAGACUGGUUUAGACAAGACCGCCAUGAAACUGUACUCAAAUAUCAGAAAAGUGUGACAGUGAUUUAUGGUCUAACAAAGAAAAAUUGACUGUGCUGCCAGUUUCUGAUCUUACAUGAUUCACUGCUUCCUUCUAACAAGGAGUAUCACUAAAUCAUCUUUUUAUUCAUUCUGCUUAACCUAAUGCUAUUAUAUGCUUCAAUGGUGUAGUUUUACAGAUGAUUCUAAAAAAAACAAACUGUGCUUUCUCUGUUUUUUUUGUUUUGUUUUUGACUGAUCCUCUGCAGUCUACAGGGUGAAAGGAAAGCUGUCAUGUUGGUGUAGUGAAUGAGAAAAUGAUGUUGUACGUUUAUUUUUAUUUAAGACUAUUCUAAUGGCAGCAUUUUGAUUGUUCACAUUCCACUUAACACACUUCUUGUGCCUUUUUAAUUACUGACAUGUGAUUCAGGUUCAACCUUUCAGCAGUCUUAUCAUGCAGUUAACACAUUAUACAAUUCUAGUCUAAUGCCAAAUCUUGACUUCAGAUUUGUAUUUUGUAAAAUCAAAACCCAUGAGAGUUGCCUAGUGUUUUUCCUCUAUUUUUUUUCCAAAGCAUUCAUACUUCUGCAGUCUUGUUUCCUGUUUGGCUAAAACAUUCAGUGCCUUUCCCUGAAUCUCCUUCCUCACACUCCUUCAGGUUGUUGGUGUUUGUUUUUUGUUUUUAGAUAUACCUCAUCCCUGUCUUUAUGCAGGGAGUCUACUUUUGCCUUAUUGUACAGUUUAUGGGUCUCUUCUCUCAAAGACAGGUUUUUAUUCUGCCUUGACAAAUCUGAAAAAUAAAGUCAACCAAAAAUGUC